AUGACCAUCCCAAGGAGUAAAGAUAGACCGCCGAACUGGGAAAGUUAUGUCUUCUACCCAAGCCUUGCCACUACAUAUCGGUCACAGAUCACACAGAUGUCUCCUGUCUCUCACGCUAGGCCCAACUCACCAAAUCUCUAUUUAUGCACAAAAGAUAACGAGUAG